AUGGAUCCAGUUUACAGCCAGUCGCGUAGCCGAUCCUCCUCUCACGCCAGCUCAUCCGGCCAGUCCGUCAUCCUCAACACCCCAAAUGACCCGACGCCAGAGGAAAAAGUCCGGAGUAGAGAGCACGAGGAGUUGCUCUCCGAUGGCUCUCCAUUCAAAGCUCCACGAUUACCAGAGAUAGGCUACGAGUUACCUUACAACGAACUCCCCAGAUCUGAAAUCGACCGUCAACGUCAAAUACCUCCCCACCAUAAUCUUGCUCACACUUACCAUGCUGGAGUUGAUCCAACCCUCCCGAAGCCGCCUUCCCCAAGCCUCGUCGUAAAAUUCAAAAGGGCCACUCGCGUAUUUUGGGCCGAAUUUUUCGGAACCGCCGUCUUGGCCCUCUUCGGCACGGCUGUUAACAAUCAAGUGGCACUUAGUAACUCUCCCCUGGUUUCUAAUGCGCCUGCCGGAACCUACUUAUCAGUAUCUUUCGGAUGGGCACUCGCAGUGAUGUUGGGAGUGUUUGUGUCGGGCGGAGUCAGCGGUGGACACAUCAACCCGGCCAUCACACUCUCCAUGGCUAUCUUCAGGCGCUUACCCGUUUACUGGCUCGCUCAAAUCAGCGGUGCGGUGUUCGGUGCAGGGGGGUACUGGAGCGAGGACCAUCGAGAAAACGGGGGGCCUAUUCUUUACCAACUACCUUACACCACCAACUAUCUCUGCUUCUACAACGAAGUGUUAAUGACGGCGAUCUUGAUGAUUUUCGUGGUAGCCGUAGGUGACGAGGGCAACACCGCCCCGCCCAAAAACCUGGGUCCUUUCGUGGUUUUCUGGGUCGUUUUUGGCCUCGCCUCGACGUUAGGCAUGCAGACUUCAUUCGCAUUGAACCCAGCACGUGACUUGGGCCCCAGAAUUGUCACUUGGCUCGCCGGUUAUGGAGGUGGAGUAUGGUCUGUUCGCUCAAGUUAUUGGUUCUCUGUCGCUAUCCUUGGACCAGUAUUCGGGGCCAUUCUUGGCUGCUUUGUCUACGAUUUCUUCAUCGGUAAAGCUGCUUGUUGCUUUGGUUCUGAUCUAAUUUCCAACGGGACAACCGAGAGGGUCCCGGAUUGUGCCAUGCACCGAACCCGAGACAUCCGUGCCCUGGUGAAGAAGUUUAGAGACAUCACUCCCCUCAAGGACCCCGAACAAACCAACUUGACCAAAUACGAGCGUCAGAGGCCCUCCCGAGACUUCCCUGCCGGACGUCGCCUUCCUACCACCCACGUGGAUGAAACUAGCAGCGCCAGAACUACUUCCCAUCGUUAUAACAGCUUGACCCGCGGUUAA